AUGCCCAAGAAGGAGGAGAACGACGACAACGUCUGCCGCUGGCUCGAGUGCCACACGCAGUACGACACGGCCGAGGACCUCUUCAACCACGUCUGCACCGCCCACAUCGGCCGCAAAAGCGCCGGCACGCUCUCGCUCGAGUGCAAGUGGACCGGCUGCCGCGCCAAGGCGUCAAAGCGCGACCACCUCACCUCGCACUGCCGCGUCCACAUCGCCCUCAAGCCGCACGUCUGCAACAUCUGCACCAAGGCGUUCAAGCGGCCCCAGGACCUCAAGAAGCACGAGAAGAUCCACACCGAGGAGCACCAGGCGCAGCACCGCAUCAACAAGAGCACCAUCACCGUGCCGUCGAACGACACGCUGCGCGCCGGCUCGGACGACCCGCUCAAGGCGCACCUCGGCCAGCACCUCCCGCCGCACCCUCAGCAGCAGCAGCAGCAGCAGCACCAGCACCAGCAGCAGCAGCCUCACCAGCAGCAGCAGCAGCAGGCGCCGCAAGUCGCCCAGGUCCCGUACCCGUUCGCGUUCCCGGCGAUGGCGAGCGCGUUCCCGUACCUGUUCGCGCAGCCCGGCCAGCAGGCUCAGCAGGCCCAGCCGCAGCCGCAGGCCCAGCAGCAGUUUGCGCUGCCCGGCCAGAUGAGCCAGAUGGACCUCGCGUGCUUCAUCGCGCUCCAGCAGCAGCUCAACUCGCAGGCCCAGGCGGCGUCGGUCCUCCCCGGCAUGCCCGCCGGCCUUCCCGCCGCGUACGCCAUGCAGCUCGGCCAGCAGGCCCUGCAGCAGUUCCUCCCGCAAGGCGCGGGCGGCGGCAUGUACCCGUACGGCAACACGCCGUUCGCCUUCUCGGCGCCGGCGCAGGCCCAAGCGCACUACUCGGCGACGCCGACCCCGGCGCCCGGCCACAUGCCGCAGCAGCAGGCCGCGCAGCACCCGACGCCGCCUGCGUCGUCGUCGUCGCCGGCGCCAGGGCAGUCGCUGUACCCGUCGCUGCCCCAGUCGCUGUACGGCCAGCCGGCGUCGGCCUCGGCCGGCUACAACCCGCACCAGCCCAUGGCCCACACCCAGCCGCUCGUCUCGCACCUGUACCAGAACGCGCACUCGCACGCCGUCAAGGUCGAGGACCUGCCGUCGCCGGCCAACUCGGCGCGGUCGCACCACUCGCACUACUCGUCGUCGCUGUCGCCGGGCAACGUGCCCGCCCUCUCGCCGCCGUCGUCCCUCACGCCCGAGAACUCGUUCUCGCCGUCGCCCGUGCCCGAGCCCGACGCGCACCGUCGCCACCGGGCGUCGUACGGCCACGCGCACGGCGGCAGCAGCGGCAACUCGGUCGCGGGCAAGAAGCGCGGGUUCGAGGAGGCGACGGGCCAGUUCCUCGGCGCGCUCGCCAACAAGCGGUUCCAGGACGCCGAGAGCGUCGGCGCCCAGCUCGACUCGCUGUCGUCGUUCCUCCUCACGCCCGAGCUGUCGGCCCACGCCCUGACGCCGCCCGGCCUCGGCGACGACUCGGGUUCAGGCUCGUCGAGCAGCGGCUCCGAGUACGGCUCGAGCAGCCAGGUCUUUGAGCGCGAGGAGGUCGACACCAUCAACCAGCUCCUCCUCUCCCUGAACCAGAGCUUCGACACGGACCUCGCCGCGUCGGCCGGCGGUCUCGACGACGUCCACGGCUCGCUCGGCCUCGACCUGCACGGCGUCGACAUGUCGGCGCACGACCAGCACCUCCAGCACCAGCACCGCCCGAUCGCCGGCAUGCCCUCGUCGGCGUCGUCGUUCGCCCCGCAGCCGCCGUCGCUGUACCCGAACCUGUCGAGCGCGACCCUCGGCGGCGGCCAGCGUGUCGCCCCUGCGCCCGCCUCGUACCCGACGCUCCCGUCGUCGAUGCCGUCGUACGGCUACACGCCGCUGUCGUCGUCGGCCCAGGACCCGCAGCUGCGCCUCGCCAAGUCGGUCGCGCCGCCGACCAUCGCCAACGACUACCGGCCGACCCAGUACCACCACAUCGGUCGCCUGCAGCGUGCCGCACCCUCGGCGUCGUCGUCGGCUGCCGCGCCGCAGAGCGUCGAGGAGCAGGUCGCGCAGGAGCUGCUCGACGCCGACAUGGACGUCGACGACGACGUCAAGGAUGCCGCCGCGGCCCUCCUCAUGGGCAAGAGCCUGUCGCGCACGAGCGCCGCACCGCAGCUCCCGCCGCUCGCGACCGCCAUGCGCGCGUCGCCCGACCUGCGCCUCGCGCCCAUCGUCACGCGCGCCGGCUCGGCGUCGCGCCUCCCGCCCAUCCGCGACCUCCUCGCGCUGCGCUCGCCCGAGAACGACGCCGCCCAGCUCGACUCGCCGUCGUCGCCCGUCGCGAGCGGCAGCAGCAACGGGCGCACGUUUGCCUUUGCGCCGUCGGCGUCGUCGUCGUCGACCGCCUCGUCGACGACCUCUGCGACGGCGAGCUCGUCGCGCGCGAGCACGGCGCCGCUGUACCCGAGCUUGGCCUCGAUUGCGCCGACGUCGGCGUCGCGCCCCGUCUCGGCCGGCGGCGUCGAGCGCCUCACGCACCGCGUCCACAAGAUGCGCCUGCCGACGUCGGACGCGCACGAGCCGCACCCGUCGGUGCGCGAGGCCGACGCCGACCUGAGCGCGUCGAGUGACGAGGACGACGACGACGAGGGCGACCACCCGAGCUCGAGCAAGAAGUCGCGCGUCGGCGAGGCGCCUCUCGUCUCGUCGCCGCCACCGUACUCGGUCAAGGAGGAGGCCCUCGACGACGACGACGAGUCGGACCAGCUCGCGUCGGCGUCGCCGUCGUCGAGCUCGACCGUCGACGAGACCGACGUCGUCGAGGACGCCGAGCGCAAGCCUCUCGAUGCCGCCGCACGCGCCGAGUUCGAGGAGCGCGCCCGCAUCGUUGCCCGCCGCAAGGCCGUCAUUGCCUACCUCGUCCUGCACGUCAACACGGCGUACCGCGCCCAGCUUGCGCGCAAGAGCAUGAAGGACGUUCGCCGCGCGCUCAAGAAGCCGAGCAGCGCCGCCGGCUCGAGCCUCGUGCACCAGUCGUCGUCGCUCGCGGCGGCGGCGCGGACGAUCAAGGAGGAGAGCGAUCGCGACGUUGCCACGCCGGACGGUGUCGACGCUUCGGCUUGAGCCCAUUGUCGCCCUUGCCCUCGCCCCUCCCUCUCUCUUCGACCCUUCUCCUGUAGCUACUUCUUCUUUGCCGUUGCCCCCUCUCUUUGUGUAGGCCGUGCCCUUGUACACAUGGCCCCUCUGUCGUU